CUCUGGCAGGCUUUGUUGUUGCGGCUUCAUAACAAUUUUUCUUGUAAAGCUCUUUUGUUAUUAUUACUUCGCGUAGAUUUUUUUUUUCUUUUUUUUAAAAAAAGUUUAUUAUUUUUUCUCUUAUUCAACUUUUUGUUUAGCAGUAAGAGAGAGAGAGAGUGUGUGUGUGUUGUACUCUGUGAUUGAGAAAAGACGACGACGAGAACGCCGGAGAAUUAGGAUUUUUUCUUUCUUAUCUUAUUUUAUUUUACUCAAUGUUUGUUUACUGCUAAAUGGGUUUCUUCGAUAAAGUUGGGAUUUUGUAUUGAGUUUCGUCUCUGUUAAGUGCUGUUAAUGGUCAGAAUUUUUUUAGAGGUUAGGGUUUCUCGGAUCUGAUGAGAUUAAACCACGAUUUGGAAAUUAGCAUUGUUGUUUCCAAAUGAAGAUGAUUCGUGUGGUCUUCAUCUUGCUUUCGCUGAUCUUCCUUCCGCAUCAUUCACUCUGGCUUGCUUCUGCUAAUUUAGAAGGUGAUGCCUUGCAUACUUUAAGGGUCACUUUAGUUGAUCCGAACAAUGUCUUGCAGAGCUGGGAUCCCACGCUUGUGAAUCCUUGCACCUGGUUCCACGUCACCUGCAACAACGAGAACAGUGUCAUUAGAGUUGAUUUGGGAAAUGCAGAGUUGUCUGGCCAUUUAGUUCCGGAGCUUGGUGUCCUCAAGAAUUUGCAGUAUUUGGAGCUUUACAGUAACAACAUAACUGGCCCGAUUCCUAGUAAUCUUGGAAACCUGACAAACUUAGUAAGCUUGGAUCUUUACUUGAACAGCUUCACUGGUCCCAUCCCCGAAUCCUUGGGGAAGCUUUCAAAGCUGAGGUUUCUCCGGCUUAACAACAACAGUCUAACAGGGUCAAUUCCCAUGUCACUGACUAAUAUCACUACUCUUCAAGUAUUAGAUCUAUCAAAUAACCGACUCUCUGGUUCGGUUCCUGACAACGGCUCCUUCUCACUCUUCACACCCAUCAGUUUUGCUAAUAACUUAGACCUAUGUGGACCUGUUACAAGUCACCCAUGUCCUGGAUCUCCCCCAUUUUCUCCUCCGCCACCUUUUAUUCCACCACCACCAGUUUCCACUCCAAGUGGGUAUGGUAUAACUGGAGCAAUAGCUGGUGGAGUUGCUGCAGGUGCUGCAUUACUGUUUGCUGCUCCUGCAAUAGCCUUUGCUUGGUGGCGACGAAGAAAGCCACUAGAUAUUUUCUUCGACGUGCCUGCCGAAGAAGAUCCAGAGGUUCAUCUGGGACAGCUCAAGAGGUUUUCUUUGCGGGAGCUACAAGUGGCGAGCGACGGGUUUAGUAACAAAAAUAUUCUGGGCAGAGGUGGGUUCGGUAAAGUAUACAAGGGACGUUUGGCAGACGGAACUCUUGUUGCUGUCAAGAGACUGAAGGAAGAGCGAACACCAGGUGGAGAGCUCCAGUUUCAGACAGAAGUAGAAAUGAUAAGUAUGGCAGUUCAUCGAAACCUCUUAAGAUUAAGAGGUUUCUGUAUGACACCGACCGAGAGAUUGCUUGUUUAUCCUUACAUGGCCAACGGAAGCGUUGCUUCGUGUCUCAGAGAGAGGCCACCGUCACAGCCUCCACUUGAUUGGCCAACGCGGAAGAGAAUCGCUUUAGGCUCAGCUCGUGGUUUGUCUUACCUACACGAUCACUGUGAUCCGAAAAUCAUUCACCGUGAUGUAAAAGCAGCAAACAUCCUCUUAGACGAAGAAUUCGAAGCGGUUGUUGGAGAUUUCGGGCUGGCGAAGCUAAUGGACUACAAAGAUACUCACGUGACAACAGCAGUCCGUGGGACAAUCGGUCACAUCGCUCCUGAAUAUCUCUCCACGGGGAAAUCUUCAGAGAAAACUGACGUUUUCGGUUACGGCAUCAUGCUUCUAGAACUUAUCACAGGACAAAGAGCUUUUGAUCUAGCUCGGCUCGCAAACGAUGACGACGUCAUGUUGCUUGACUGGGUGAAAGGAUUGUUGAAGGAGAAGAAGCUAGAGAUGUUGGUGGAUCCAGAUCUUCAAACAAACUACGAGGAGAGAGAGCUGGAACAGGUGAUACAAGUGGCGUUGCUUUGCACGCAAGGAUCACCAAUGGAAAGACCAAAGAUGUCUGAAGUUGUAAGGAUGCUUGAAGGAGAUGGGCUUGCGGAGAAAUGGGACGAAUGGCAAAAAGUUGAGAUUUUGAGGGAAGAGAUUGAUAUGAGUCCUAAUCCUAACUCUGAUUGGAUCCUUGAUUCUACUUACAAUUUGCACGCUGUUGAGUUAUCUGGUCCACGGUAACUUCAAACAAAUAUAUUAUUGAACAAUAUUAAAAAAAAAAAAAAAAAUUACUAAGGUAGGUAGUUUUGUUCUUUUUACCCGUAAGUUUUUGUUUUUCUUCUAAUGAAUAUGAAUUUAGUAUUCAAGGAUUUGUGAUUUUGUGCUACGGUUCGAUAUAAUGAAAAAAUGUAAUUUGAUCUAAA